UCAGCUCCUCGGAAAGAAGAGAGAAAACAGCUAAAACCAGCGCGCACGGCGACGCAGUUGGUACGCUCGCUCGCUGCUCGUCGCACGUACGAAGCCCACGCGUCCGCGCGCGUAGCACGUGCCAGAGCCAUGACGCGGCGGUGCUCGCACUGCAGUAACAACGGCCACAACGCGCGCACCUGCCCCGCCCGCUCCGGCGGCGGCGGCGGCGGCGCGGACGGGGGCGGGGUGAGGCUGUUCGGCGUGCGGCUCACGUCGGCGCCCGCGCCGGUGGCGAUGAAGAAGAGCGCCAGCAUGAGUUGCAUCGCGUCGUCGCUCGGGGGCGGGUCCGGGAGCUCGUCGCCGGCGGCGGGAGGAGCGGGUGGGGGCAGGGGAGGGGGAGAUGGCGGCGCGGGGUACGUGUCCGACGACCCCGCGCACGCAUCCUGCUCGACGAAUGGCCGCGCCGAGCGGAAGAAAGGUACACCUUGGACUGAAGAGGAACAUAGACUGUUUCUAAUGGGUCUGCAGAAGCUUGGAAAGGGAGACUGGCGUGGGAUAUCCCGUAACUUUGUUGUUUCCAGAACCCCAACUCAGGUGGCCAGCCAUGCUCAAAAGUACUUUAUUAGACAGACAAACUCAUCAAGACGAAAGAGGCGGUCAAGCUUGUUUGACAUGGUCCCAGAAACACCAAUGGACGAGGACCCAGUUGUUGCGGAACAAUUUACUCUCCAAAAUACUGAAGAUGAAGCUACAAGUUCUAAUCAAUUGCUAACGGUACAUCUUGGGCAACAGAAUGAAGCAGAGUUUGCUAAACAGCUGCCAACUUUGCAUCUAAGGCAGCAUGAGGAAUCUGAAUUCGCUGAGCCUUCAUUGCCACUACCAGAUUUGGAGAUGAACCCCAGUAUACCAUUCAAGACCAUAACUGAUCCGACUGUGCCAGCAUUCUUCCCAGCAUUAGUCCCUGUUCCAAUAACUCUUUGGCCUCCAAAUGUUGCUAACAUGGAGGAAGCAGGCACACCCCAUGAAGUCCUAAAACCCACUCCUUUGCAUGGUAAGGAGGUGGUUAAGGCAGAUGAUGUUGUCGGUAUGUCUAAGCUCAGUAUUGGUGAGGCUAGUUCUGGCUCCAUGGAACCCUCUGCUCUUUCCCUUCAGCUUAUUGGGUCGACGGAUACAAGGCAUUCAGCUUUUCAUGUAAAUCCACCGAUGACUAGACCUAAUGCAAGAAAGAGAAACAACAGUCCAAUUCAUGCAGUUUGAGGAAGCAUGGAAUAGUCCCACUGGGUCAAGUCUUACAUAUUAUAUUAAUGGUCCCAAUACCCCAGAAUGUGAGCAUGUACUUCUGUAGCAACUGCUAAGUUAUUCUGUUUCCAGUUUAUGUUCCAAAGCAUGGAAGAUACAUAUGUCAAUGAAAGUAGCAUACUACUACUGUUAGACUACAUUGUUGCCUGUCGGGAUGCUACAUGCAUGUACCUUUUCUGAUUUAUCUUUCAUGCUUUGGAAAAUUGAUGUGUAGAUUUUGACACAUAAAUGCUAGAAUUAGACAUGUUUCUAAGUUCUAACUACAUAUUUGCAAACAAGUGAGUUUAUUAGUGUUACCUUGAAAA